AUGCCAGGAGCGGUCACGGCAAAGUUCCAUCUUCGCGGUGGGAUGCAGAUGUUUGGUAUCAUCCUGAUCCAGAUCGCAAAGGAUCUUGUGAAGCACGGGUACUUCCUGGAAGAAGAUGUCUCUGUGUUCGACGCCCCAUUUUUCUCAAUGACAGCGAAGGAGGCGGCGGGUAUGGAUCCUAUGAAAAGAUUGCUUCUUGAAGUGAGUUACGAGGGCUUCGAGAAUGCCGGUAUCCCUGUGGACACCCUUAUGAACUCCCAAACUGGAUGCUAUGUUGGAUGCAUGACGAACGACUAUGAGCAAUUAUCGACUCAUGAGAUUUACGACAUUGGAGAUGUUGCAGCCUCCGGGAUGAGUGAGGCUAUGACAGCAAACCGAGUGUCUUGCCUGUACGCUCUCCACCUCGCUUGUCAGUCACUAAAGUUGGGCGAGACCAAUAUGGGACUUGUUGCCGGCGUAAACUUGAUCUUGCAUCCCAAUUUCAUGCAUCAACUUUCGUCAAUGCACAUGUUGAGUCCCGAGGGAAUCUCUCAUUCCUUUGACCAUCGAGCAAACGGCUAUGGCAGAGGAGAGGGAAUUGGAUGUUUAAUCGUAAAAAGGCUGAAGGACGCCUUGAGGGAUGGAGACACAAUCCGCGCCGUAAUUCGUGGUACGGGCACCAACGCAGACGGAAAGACGCCUGGCAUCACGCAACCAAGCUCAGAAGCACAAGCGGAUCUGAUCAGGAGCACAUAUCAGGCCGCAGGCUUGCCUUUGUCCGAUACGCAGUACUUCGAGGCUCAUGGCACUGGUACGCCUCUUGGAGACCCGAUUGAGCUCUCAGCAAUCGGCGCCACACUAGGCACUGGUAGAGACCCGGACUCUGGGCCACUAUUUGUGGGUAGCAUCAAGGCAAACGUCGGCCAUACUGAAGGAUGCUCAGGGCUGGCUGGUGUUCUGAAGUCCAUCGUGUGUCUCGAAAAGGGUAUUCUCGUUCCCACCGCUGGCAUCGAGAAGGUGAACCCGAAGUUGAGGCUUACUGAUUGGAACUUGGCUUUGCCUUCAGAAAACAUGUCUUGGCCAUCCAAAGGGCAGCGCAGAAUUAGCGUCAACUCAUUUGGGUUCGGUGGUGCCAACGCUCACGUUAUCCUGGAUGACGCUCACAACUAUCUACGAAAUCGAGGUUUGCUGGGCAAUCACAACACCACCACCUUGGAAGAUGAUUCGUCAGAGUCCGGAAUCAGCAUGGGAUCUGAUUCACCGAGACAAGAGUCGCACAAAAGACUCUUCGCCUUCAGCACCAAAGACCAGACAGGGAUCGAUCGCCUUGGCCCUCUCUUCAGCGACUUCUUGUCAAACAAGGAAGCCACAUCGAACGCAAGAUUUCUGGGCGACCUGGCUUAUACCCUCGCGGGACGCCGAUCUCAUUUCGAGUUCCGAAGCUUUGCUGUCGCAGAGUCCGUGUCAGACCUACAGACCCAAAUCGAGAAGGGCUUACCAAAGUCCAAACGCGCUUCGAAGCACGAUAAUCCGAUCUUCGUCUUCACUGGCCAAGGAGCUCAGUGGCCUGCCAUGGGUAGAGAGCUACUUGACAACUGCAUCUUCCGAACGAGCAUUCACAAGUCGCAGGUCCUACUCGAGCACUACGGCUGCCCGUGGGAUUUGAUCGAUGAAUUAUCAAAGACUGCUGACUCCAAUGUUGAUCUCCCUCAGUACAGCCAGGUGCUAUGCACGGUUCUUCAGAUCGCGUUGGUAGAUCUUCUUCGGGCCUGGGGGGUCAUCCCGAAAGCUGUCGUCGGUCAUUCAAGUGGUGAAAUAGGCGCGGCCUACGCUGCCGGACUAAUUUCUCGCUGCAACGCUGUAAAGGUGGCCUACCUCCGUGGAAUUUGUUCCGCCAAGGUCGCCGAUAUUGUGAGCCCUCGAGUUGGCGCCAUGCUAGCAGCCGGGUUGAGCGAAGUGGAGGCAACCGCAUAUUUGGACCAAGUGCCCCCAGGUUCGGCUGUGGUUGCAUGUGUCAACAGCCCCUCCAGCGUAACACUCUCUGGAGAUCGUGAAUCCAUCUCUCGAUUGUGCGAACUAAUAUCGGCUGAUGGCAAGUUUGCUAGAAUGCUUCGCGUCAAGACGGCUUAUCAUUCUCCUCACAUGAGCACUGUCGCCAAAGAGUAUGUUGAUCGCAUGGGAGUGAUGCUGCCACUUGCCGAUGAAGAUCAAGUUGCGCCCAUGUUUUCAUCUCUCACUGGCAACCUCGUUACCUCUAGAGACCUCGACGGCCCCUACUGGAUGAAGAACAUGUGCGAACAAGUCCGCUUUUCUCAGGCCAUGAGCAAUCUCUUGGAGCAUUCACCAGACGUAUCGAAGGCACGGAAUCGCAAUCGCACGGCAUGGAGCGCCUUCAUCGAGAUUGGUCCCCACGGCGCGCUUCAAAGCCCCGUUGGCGAGAUUGUCAAAGCAAGCCAGAGCAACGCUGCAAAAGAAGCACCGUAUUUCUCUGCCAUUACGCGUGGAAAAAAUGCAGAGUCUACCUCUUUGCAACUCGCGGGACAGCUAUGGGCCUCUGGACACGCUGUGAAUCUUCUUCACGUCAACGGCAUCAUACCUGAAACUUUGCCAAUGGCGUUGCCUGAUCUCCCGUCGUAUCCAUGGAACCACAGCAAGAGCUACUGGCAUGAGUCGACAGUGGCACGUUCAAACAGGUUUCCCUCGGGCCCGCGGACCGAUCUUCUUGGCGUUGCCGUCGACCUGCAGAACCCAAUGGAGCCGAGGUGGCGGAACUACCUGCGAAUCUCGGAAAACCCUUGGAUUGAAGACCACAGAAUCACUGGAACGAUGCUUUACCCAGCAGCUGGCAUGAUCGUGAUGGCCAUGGAAGCUGCUCAACGACUGGCUGAUCCCGAGAGACGCCUCAAAGGAAUCACAUUCCAGAAUCUGAAGUUUGAGCGAGGUCUCGUUGUGCCUUCCAGAGAUCAAGCCGUCCAGACUGAAGUCAGUUUGCGCCCAGACGACUCGAUGCCCUCAACCUGGAGUUUCACUGUCUACUCCACAGUUUCGGUGGGAUCAUGGACUAAGCAUUGCUACGGAUACCUUGCGCUCGACUACGAGAACGAUAAUCGGAAUCGUCUUGGUCCUUCAGAGACAGAAUGGCGAGCCUUCGCUGCCGAGCGACAGGACGUUGAGCAGAAUGCGUCUAAGGAGCUGGACAUGGACUCCUUCUACGAUGACCUUGAGUCUGUGGGUGUUGAGUACGGCCCAACUUUCAGAAAUGUCUUUCAAGCUGCAGCCGUGCCCGGAGAACACACUGCUUGCGGUUCUAUCGCAAUCCCUGACACCAAACGCGUCCGAACCAACGGCCGCGAGACAUCCGGUGACUUGAUCGUCUCGGACGAGGACUGGUCGGCGCCAAAGCUCAUCGUCCGCGACUUUGCCCUCAGACAGGUGACUUCAUCUAGAGAUACAUCAUCUCUGACUAGCGAGUCUGCACGAAGGGCAUGUGCCAAGCUCCGCUGGAAAGAAGACUUCGACUUCAUUCGCGACCCGGUCGCGCUGCAGGAUUCGUCUCCGGUUGGGGUUCUGGAGAGCAACGGGAAAGUGGUAGCAACUGUCUUGCAGCUACUGGAACGACUGUAUCACAAGAAGCCAGACUACAAAGCACUCGUCGUAGUUGCGGAUGCGACAGAGUGGGCUCAAAGGUUUUUGCAGCAUCUACUUCACGCAUCCACCAUUGCCAGUGAGGGAGCUUUCCAAACAUCCAACAGGAUCGCAUUGGCUACAACAACCAAGGACACCAGAAGUAUAGUCGAAUGUCUCCCGAAGGCCUCUCAGCAUGCCACAAAUGCAAAAGAAUGGCUUCCUCAAGAUGAUGAGCCACUCCCGUUCUCAGACGAGAGCUUCGACUUGUUACUGGUUCUCGACGACCACUCCAAUACCAUAUAUAACUCAGCAGGCUUCCAUAGACUACAUGGAGUAUUGCAGCCGAAAGGCUACCUUGGCGUUAUUGAGCCUCUUGUCACGUCUGGCUCAAGUAUGGGCACCGUGGGAGAAAUCCCCUCUUCUGACCUACAGACAAGGGUCACCAUUUCUGACGCAGAGUCAUGCCGUGCUCUUGCUCUCUCGCAGAAGCCUCCUGCAUUGAACCCCACGACCUUUCCAGAGCAUGUGUUUCUACUCCAGAGACCUGGUUCGGCUCUGUCUCAGGAUCUGCACGCCAUGUUAAUGAGUCGACUCAACGCUCUUGGUUGCCAAACCCAUUCAGCCACGCUGGAGCAGGUUCAUGAACUGCGAGGGAAGCAUGUCAUCUCGCUUCUUGAGAUUGAAUCUCCACUCGUGUAUUCCUGGACCUCUGAAGAGUUCUUGCAGUUCAAGACACUCGUCUCUAGUGCUAAGCACCUGUUUUGGGUGACGCGUGGUGGAGAACUGCAGAACUGGGAUGGCGGGCUUGAGUUCGCGCCAUCCCAAGGACUUCUCCGAGUGAUGCGCACGGAGUAUUCUCACAUCACCUUGCCACAUUUGGAUCUCAGCAGAGGUGGCCAUCUCCCUCCAGAAGCAACUGCAGAUCUCAUCAUGAAUAUCUGGCACGCAUCCAUCGCGGAUGAUCCUUCGCAGCUUGAGCUGGAGUACGCAGAACUCAACGGGGCGAUCUUCGUGCCCAGGUUCGAUGAAGACGAAGGUAUCGAUAUCGACUUGGGUCCAAGAGACCAAAGGCUCAAGCCAAUUAUGCAGGCUCUGGGAGUUGAUAACUCACGCACUCUCUCCCAGCAAGACCACCGCCUUGUUUGGGUUGAUGAUGACAUCUCGGCGUCUCUCAGCUCAUUAGAGAUUGAGAUUACUACUGAGUACUUGGCUGUCAAGAAGAGCGGUGCAGAUUCUUCGGAGGGCCAAACGUCUGUUGUCUCAGCCAUGGCCAUCACGGGCACUAUUGCUGCGGCUUCACCGGAGGUCAUGUCUGUUCACGUUGGACAGCGUGUGAUUGCCUUGCAUUCAGGUUCUUGUCAUACGAAGCCUCGGGUUCAAGAGUCACUGGUAAGAGUCUUACCUGACAUCAUGCAACCCGAAGAGGCCUGCGCAACUAUUCCUGCUUUAGUUGCGGCGCAGUAUGCGUUGUCCCACGUCGGAAGACUUGAAGAUGGACAGAAUGUUCUGAUUCAUGGAGGAGAGACGUCCGUCGGUCAGAUGGCUGUCCAUCUUGCACGCUUAUUGGGGGCGACUGCUUUUGUGACUGCGGAGGGUGCUUCCGAAAGCCAAAACCUGACUCAAGCCCUCUGUCUUGACUCAACACGCAUCUUCGAAGACAUUUCAGACCAUUGCAAGAAGUCAAUAUUGCGACAGACGGAUGGACGAGGUGUAGACCUCAUCGUAAACUGCCGCCAGGCUCUCCCGACCUCAACAUGGUUCGAAUGCCUGGCAGACUUCGGUUUCUUCGUAGACAUCAGCGGAGAGAAUGCUUCUCAUUCAGUCAACACAAGCCCGGCCCGAAAUGCCACAUUCGUCAUGGCCGACUCAUCUCAACUUCUUCAAGCGAAGCCGGCACUUGUAAGCAGACUGUUCAAGAGCGCUUGCGAUCUCAUCGAGAGCGGUCAGAUCAGUCCAAUGAUUCCAAGUGUCAUACGGACUGUUGCCGAGUUCACCAACAUUGGAGAGGCUGGCCCCAGAGAGUUUGUUCUUCGAUUAGAUCCAGGCGACAAGGCCCUUGUUGCCCCAUCUCGGCUCCCAGAACUCAGACUGGACAGUGACGCUACGUACAUCCUUGCCGGUGGUCUCGGCGCUCUCGGCCUUCAGAUUGCUGAGAUGAUGCUCGAGCAUGGCGCCGGUCACGUUGUGUUCCUUUCACGAUCAGGAGGGGACAAGGCCCAGGCCGAGCUCGGCGCCUUCCGCAAGCGAGGGUUGAAAGUGGACGCAUUGAAGUGUGAUGUCUCUGAACCCUCUCAAGUUGAAGCUGCGGUCAAGGCCUUGAUGCAAAGUCAACGUCGCAUCAAGGGCGUCAUUCAGUGUGCCAUGGUUCUAGAGGACGCCAUUUUCGAGAAUAUGACAUACGAUCAGUGGCAGAGGUCGACACGGCCUAAGAUCCAAGGUACCAUGAAUCUUCACAAUUACAUGCCGAAAGACGUAAACUUUUUCAUCCUUCUCUCUUCCAUCACUUGCGUCAUCGGCAAUGCAGCCCAAUCGAACUACGCCGCCGGCAACACCUUUGAGGACGCCUUUGCCCACUACCGCCGAAGCAAAGGACUCGCUGCAACUGCGAUCGACGUUGGUCUUGUCACUAACUCAGCCCACUUUACCGGAGACUUUGACAUGGAUGCCUACCUCCAGAUGUAUGAGCAUCGUUGGGAUGGCCUCCAGACAACCCAAACGGAGCUCGACAGUGUCCUGAGGGCAGCCAUGCGGGGUCGCACCGCCGACGGCCGGCGAAUCGAGCCCCAGAUUGUUCUUGGUCUAGGAAGCUCCAUGCCAAUUGGAGCAGCCUGGACCAGAGAUCCCAAGUUCAGUCAUAGAGUCAACCAUGAUGCGUCAGCUAGCUCUGGCGCCUCGGAAAGCCAGCAGUCAGCCUCAGAAAGGAUAGCAAAAGCCGAGACCUUGGCUGACGCCGCGCUCAUCUUUGAGGAUGUCCUCAGGACAUAUGCUGCGCAAGUCAUGGACAUUGCUCCGAGCGAGGUGGAUCCCGAAAAAGCAUUUUAUGACUUUGGUGUGGACUCCUUGAAAGCCGUAGAGCUUCGCAACAGGAUCUUCCGUGAUCUUCAGUCCGACAUGUCCGUGUUUGAGUUGUUGAGCCCAUCACCGCUGUCCAAGCUGGCGUUGGAAAUUGCGAGCAGGAGCAAGUUGACGACAAACUUGACAGAAAAGGCCGGUGCUUAG